UCCUUCUUCCAACUGUUCCAUCUUCUCGUCUUCGUUACAUCUUCUCCGUACAUCGCUGCUGAUCCAUGGAGUUGAUCCAUUCCAAUCGUUUCCUAAACCCUAAUUUCUCUUUCAAUCAGCUUCACCGGAGAAGAAAUCGUUCUGUUCUUGUUCGGAAUGAAGCUCCGUCGCGGGCUCCGGUGUCCUUCACCGCCGUGUCGCGGCGGAGCAUGGCCUUGUCGGCUCUACGUAACUCCAGCAUCGCUGCUUACACGGCGGUGCCGGAGGUCUCUUCGAACAGCGGGGGUGGCAAGGUUGGUAGCCGUAGUUCAACGGACGCCGCGGUGACGGCGACGCGUUCGCCGGAGAGAGUUCUGCGAGUUGGGAACUCCAGCAGCGCACUCGAGCAGCUGGAUAUCGAGCGAGGCGUCUGCGUGCCGUUCCGAAAGUAUUCUCCGGAGACAGUGAGGAAUAAAGUACUGGAAUCCAGAGGAGCAAUACUCUCUCUUGUCUUAAGGGGUGUGGAGAUCGUUUGGAACCUGGGAUUGUAUUGGUCUACCUUAAUGUAUGAUUUCUUGGUCGGAAGGGACGAGGAAGUUGUCCCUUUCCGUGCUCGUCAGCUUAGGAAUUUGUUGUGCAACUUGGGACCUUCAUUUAUUAAAGCGGGACAGGUGCUGGCAAACAGACCCGAUAUUAUUCGAGAAGAUUACAUGAAUGAGCUCUGCAUACUUCAAGAUGAUGUUCCUCCUUUCGCCAACCAGGUUGCCUUUCAAAUCAUAGAGGAAGAACUAGGCCAACCUCUAGAGGCCAUAUUUAGCAAGAUUUCGUCAGAAACAAUAGCAGCUGCGAGCUUAGGUCAAGUUUAUCGAGCUACUCUACGAGCCACUGGGGAGGAUGUUGCCAUCAAAGUGCAAAGACCAGAGAUAGAGCCCAUUAUUUACAGGGAUCUGUUUCUUUUCCGCAAUCUUGCUUCAUUCUUAAAUGGCAUCAGUCUACAGAAAUUGGGAUGCAAUGCGGAGCUGAUAGUUGAUGAAUUUGGAGAGAAACUUUUGGAGGAGCUUGAUUACACCUUGGAAGCCCGAAACAUUGAAGACUUUUUGGAGAACUUCAAAGAUGACCCCACUGUCAAAAUUCCUCGAGUAUACAAAAACCUCUCUGGUUCACGGGUUUUGGUGAUGGAGUGGAUUGAUGGCAUCCGGUGCACUGAUCCACAGGCCAUCAAGGAUGCCGGAAUUGAUAUGGAUGGUUUCUUGACUGUUGGUGUGAGUGCUGCCCUGAGGCAAUUGCUAGAAUUCGGAUUGUUUCACGGAGAUCCACAUCCUGGAAAUAUCUUUGCAAUGCAUGAUGGGCGUAUUGCUUAUGUGGACUUUGGUAAUGUUGCAGUACUGAGUCAGCAAAACAAACAAAUCUUGAUUGAUGCUGUGGUCCAUGCGGUUAAUGAGGAUUAUGCGGAGAUGGCAAAUGACUUUACUAGGCUUGGUUUCUUGGCCAAAGGAACCGAUGUUUCUCCUAUCAUUCCAGCUUUAGAAGCUAUUUGGCAGAACUCUGCUGGGAAAGGACUUGCAGAUUUUAAUUUCAGAAGUGUUACAGGCCAGUUUAAUAAGCUUGUGUACAACUUUCCCAUCCGUAUACCGGAGAGAUUCUCUCUUGUUAUUCGUUCUUUACUGACGCAGGAGGGUAUAUGUUUCACGCUCAAACCUGACUUCAAAUUUCUCGAGGUUGCUUAUCCGUAUGUGGCAAAGCGCCUCCUAACAGAUCCAAAUCCCGCUCUUCGGGAACGGUUGAUACAGGUUCUAUUCAAAGACGGUGUUUUCCAAUGGAAACGGUUGGAAAAUCUGAUAACCCUGGCGAAGGAAAACGUUGCCAAGAUGAGCAGCAACCCUGCUCUUAAAGUAAAGCGAGUGGAGAGUUCGAGAAGCUUGCAGAUUCAGAACAAGCUUGACCUUACAGAUACCAUUAAAGACGGAGCUCGUCUUUUCCUCUUUGACGAAGGAAUCCGCAGGCAGCUCAUUCUUGCCCUCACGGAAGAUUCAAAGCUUCACAUAGAAGAGCUUGCGGAUGUAUACAGAUUGCUUGAAGACGAGAUAGAUAUUCCCUCCGUCGCCAUUGAAGUUGUUCGAGAUCUACCAAACGUGGUUAGAGAUCUCAUGCUUUCAUGGAGCAACUCUGUUCUAUCAGACAGGUCACUGUAGUGUUCAGACAACAACGAAUACAACAAUCCUUUUACGGGGUUUUUUUCGGCGCUUUCGAAUGGAAAGAGGUAAUUUUUUUUCCAAAUAUAAGGGGAAAUAUAGAAUACAUAUGUAUAUGUAUAUGUAUAUACGUAGUUCAUUUACAUGCGAAUAGUAUUUCUUUUUACUCAUACAUACAUGUAAUCUUUAAGCAGACAUCACGUGUUUGCUCUCCAGAACGGCAAUAUUCUUGAUGUUCAUAUAUAUACAUAUAUAUGUAUGCAUAUUCAGAUGAA